AUGUCGUCCACCACUACCGGGCUCCCAAAGAUGCUGGCCGAUGCCGCCAUCUCGAACGCCAAUCGCAAGAGAGGGAGGGAACAUAUCGUGGGACCACAGAUCUGGCCGAUCGUCCAAAAAACAUCCCUCAUCGACCUAACCCGCACCAAAGACACGGUUCUUCGGUGGAUUCUGUCUAGUUUGCUGCAGUUCCAUCCGGAACGCAUGUUGUGGUUGUAUUCGAAGAUUGAUGAUUUGCCCGGAAAUCGGCACGAAGUCAUUGGACUGCUCGCGAGCGCUCCUCACAUCGUCGCCAUUGCCAAGAUCGUCGCUGAGAACCGAAACAUCUGUUUCGACGCUGCAUCGUACGGUCCUUGCCUUCUCUCGACUGCUCCUGGAUUUCGUCGUCUCUGGUCGCUGCUCGAGGCGGAGAUCUCCACCAUGGUCAGUCUUGAUACCGCUCUCCAGUACGUCAAAUCAGGAAGAAUCGACCAUCAGCUCGAGCGUCUCCAUACUAUUUGGCCGCCCGGGAAGAACAACCUUGUGGUGGAUUGCGUUCUCGACAACUACACCAACCUGGUCAAGACGAACAAGAACGACAUCUUCGGUAACGCUAUCCUCCAAGGCGAAAGGGAUCUCUCCAGCGCCGAGAUUCAGGCCCGUCGACGUCUCAUACAAGCCAAGGUCGCGCCGUCUGCGUUUUUCGAACGUUUUAGGUUUGGCGACGGGUUCGCCGAAUUCGAAGUCACGCGUUUGAGCAGGGAUCUCCUGUUCACCGUUUGGACCCGGAUUCUUGCCACCCCAGCUCAUAUCAAUGUCUCGAAGCAGUUGAUGGCUUUGGUCAAGUUGGGCGCGCCCCCGGCCUACUUCGCUCAAUGCCCCAACUUGAUAUCGCUCGUCCUGAUCCUCGUCUCCGGAGAAUCUGCUCAAGAGAUUGGAUAUGUCAAACCGAGUCUUAUCGUGUCUCAGGCGGAGAAACUACGAGCCCUCGAGGUACUCUGGGAGGUCUUGGAAAUCGAGUUCGCGGCAUUUGCAAAGUUGAGAAAGGCCGUUCUUCCAAACCUACCUCCGACGUUUCCGCAGAACAGUCCGGUUGGGCACAUGCCAAGCGCAGGGGGUCAGGAAACCUCGAUUACCCCCACGCCCGUGUUUUUGGACGCGCAAAACGUCCAAAAUCUCAACCGAAAAGCUCAAUAGCACGAAUCGACCGCACGACCUAUCACUCGCCAGUUUCGGGCGUCAACGUCGGGGUCUUUACCAUUAAAC